AUGUCCCAGUACAAGAUGAUCAGCAUCCCCGAGGCGCAGGAGGCCGUGCUGGCGGUCACGCCCGUUCUGGGGCCCGAGGAGGCGCCCCUGGGCAGCGCAGUGGGCCGCAUCCUGGCGCAGAGCGUCUCCGCGCGCGACUCCCUGCCGCCCUUCCCGGCGUCCAUCAAGGAUGGUUAUGCGGUGGUCUCCUCCGACGGCCUGGGCGACUACCCCGUGGCCUCCGAGUCGCGCCCGGGCGCGCUGCCCGACGCGCCGCUGCAGCCCGGGACGGUCUGCUACAUCACAACGGGUGCCCCCGUGCCCGCCGGCGCUGACGCCGUAAUCCAGGUCGAAGACACCCAGAAGCUGCCCGCCUCCGACGGCCGCGCGGCCGUGCGUAUCCUGAAGGCCGCCAAGCCGGGCCAGGACAUCCGGCCCGUGGGCUCAGACAUCCAGCAGGGCGCGGAGGUCCUCGCCGCCGGCGAGCGCGUGGGGGUGGCAGAGGUUGGGAUCCUCGCCACCGUCGGCGCUACGGCGCUGCCGGUCGUGCGGCGGCCCGUCGUGGCAGUGCUCUCCACAGGGGACGAGGUGGUCGAGCCGUCGACGGCGGCCCUGGGGCCGGGCCAGAUCCGCGACUGCAACCGCUCGAUGCUGCUGGCCGCGGCGGCGGCGGCGGGGGCGGGGGUGGUCGACCUGGGGAUCGCGGGGGACACGGAGGGGUCGGUGGAGGGGGCGCUGCAGCGCGCGCUGGACGCGGGCGCGGACGUCCUCAUCACGUCGGCGCCGCGCACCCUCACUCUCUCGACACCCCUCAUCCUGCUUCAAACCGUGCGACCGCCGCCAGGUGGUGUGUCGAUGGGCGACAAGGACCUGAUCAAGCCACUCCUGGCGCGCCAGGGCGAGAUCCACUUUGGCCGCGUGCGCAUGAAGCCGGGCAAGCCCCUCACCUUUGCCACGCUGCCGGUCGCCGCCGGCGCCGGCGCCCCCGGCCAGCCCGCGCGCGAGAAGGUGCUCGUGUUCGGCCUUCCGGGGAACCCGGUCAGCAGCUUCGUCUGCUUCAACCUGGUCGUCCUGCCCGCGCUGCGGAAGAUGAGCGGGUGGGGGGCGCCCCUGCUGCGGCGCGUGCGGGUGUGGACGACGUCGGCGCUGAAGCUCGACCCCGAGCGGCCAGAGUACCACCGGGCGACGAUCUGCUACGGGCGCUACCCAGAGACCGCCGGCGCGGCCGCGGCCGGCGCCGUCGCGGCGGCGGUCGGCGGCGCGGACGCGUGCGUGUGGUACGCCGUCAGCACGGGCAACCAGAUCAGCAGCCGCCUGCUGAGCGCGCGCAGCGCCAACGCGCUGCUGGAGGUGCCGCAGGCGAGCGGGGCGCUGGCGGCGGGCACAGAGGUGUCGGCGCUCAUAAUAGACGACCUGGGGCGCAUGCCUGUUCCGGGGGAGGUCCCCGUUACUGAGGGCUUCUUCUAG